GUGGGAGGUGAAUGUGCUGUUCUGACUGGAGCCUCAUUUUAGAGUGAUCCUCAGGGACUUGACUCUGCCUCCAAGUUGACAACAUUCAAAUCUUGGUUCACCCAAGCCAGAGACGCUUCCACUUUCCUUGGCUGCUCCAUCUCCAGUGCUCUCCCGUCUUUAGACACCUGCUAUGUGAUUGAAGGACACACCUGUGGCUGAGUGCGACCAAGAGCCUCCAUUUCACCCUAGGGGAGAGAGCGACAGGCAGGAUGGUGGAUUUCCCAGGCUACAGUCUAUCUGGCGUAGCUGCCUCCUUCCUCUUCGUUCUGCUGACUAUGAAGCACCCAGAUGACUUCAGAGUGGUCGGUCCUGCCCUCCCUAUCCUGGCCAAUGUUGGAGAAGACGCACUGCUAACGUGUCGGCUUCUCCCCAAGAGGACAACAGCACGCAUGGAGGUGAGGUGGUACCGCUCCGACCCUGACACGCCUGUGAUGCUGUACCGGGAUGGAGCUGAGGUGCCUGGGCUAGCGAUGGAGGGCUACAGAGGCCGGGUAGAGUGGAUGGAGGACAGCACUGAAGAGGGGAGUGUGGCUCUGAAGAUUCGACAGGUGCAGCCAGGUGACGAUGGCCAGUACUGGUGCCGCAUCCAGGAGGGAGACUACUGGAGAGAGGCAAGUGUGCUACUCCAAGUGGCAGCUCUAGGAUCCUCCCCAAACAUCCAUGUGGAGGGGCCCGGAGAAGAAGGGGUCCAGCUCGUGUGCACGUCCCGAGGCUGGUUCCCUGAGCCGGAGGUCUAUUGGGAGGGCAUCAGGGGAGAGAAGUUGAUGAGUCUCUCUGAGAACCAUGUGUACGGUGAAGAUGGGCUGUUCUCUGUGGAAGACACACUGGUGGUCAGGAACGACAGUGUAGAGACGAUUUCCUGCUUCAUCUACAAUCGUGGCCUCAGAGAGCCCCAAGAGGCCACCAUUGCCCUUCCAGAGAAACUCCAGACAGAACUGGCUUCCUCGAGGGUAAUCGGACCUUCCCAAGCCAUCCCUGUCCGAGUCGGAGAGACCAUAGAAUUAACUUGUCAGCUCUCACCUCAAACGGACGCUCAGAGCUUGGAGGUGAGGUGGCUCCGAGCCCGCUAUUACCCUGUAGUCCACGUGUAUACAAAUGGGGCCCAUGAGGCCGGAGAGCAGAUGGCAGAAUACAGAGGGAGGACUUCACUGGUGACUGACGCCAUCCACGAAGGAAAACUGACCCUGCAGAUCCACAACGCCAGAACUUCGGAUGAGGGGCAGUACCGGUGCCUUUUUGGAAAAGAUGGUGUCUACCAGGAGGCCCGUGUAGAUGUGCAGGUGAUGGCGGUGGGUUCCACCCCACAGAUCACCAGGGAGGUCUUGAAAGAUGGAGGAACACAGCUGAGGUGUACGUCCGAUGGGUGGUUCCCACGACCCCACGUGCAGUGGAGGGACAGAGACGGAAGGACCCUGCCAUCGUUUUCUGAGGCCUUUCGGCAAGGAAGCCAGGAGCUGUUCCAGGUGGAGACUCUCCUGCUGGUCACAAAUGGCUCCAUGGUGAAUGUGACCUGCUCCAUCAGCCUCCCUCUGGGCGAGGAGAAAACUGCACGUUUUCCUCUCUCAGACUCCAGGAUAGCUUUGUUAUGGAUGACCCUGCCUGUCCUGGUGCUGCCUCUCGCCAUGGCUGUCGACCUGAUCAAGGUGAAACGGCGGACGAAAGACCAAAAACACAACGGCAAUCGGGAAAAUGACAGGAAUGGUGAAAGCCAAAGGCGAAGGCUUUCCUCUGAUGAUGAGAGGCUCAGAUAAAAAUGUACCCCGAAAGCCCAGCGCACACCAUCCUUCCUCUCAUCUUUCCCCUCAAUAAGCAGCUCUGCGCUGACAUGGAGUGGUUUCACCUGCUGCUGACCAAAGGUUUUUCAUGGACCCGGACCCAUUCCUGAUGGAGCUGACACCCACAGUCGGGGACGCCUAGACCUGAGCCAACCCAACAUAGUCUUGGUCCCGCCCUCACAGUGAUGGAAUCUUCUCUGCCUUUGCCUCUUUCUGCUGCCCCUCAGGUGAUGGUUCCUUGCCUGUGCAUAGCAGCUUUCUCUCUUCACCUUCUGGGCUCACCAUGAGGAUGGAAGAAUCUAGACCUGGGGAGAAAUGUCGCUCAUCUGAGACCCGGAUGGGUUUUUCUAGAAACUCCCACUCCAGUAGCACCAGAGGGACAAAGCAGGUGGGAGGAGAGAGUGUUUUGCCUCUUUCCUCAAGAGAAAGGACUGUGAGUCACGGUUAUGGAAGACCCAACACUUGCACUACAAAUCAGGCCAGGGGUCAUAGAAAUAACUAAGGGGUUAAAAGCACUGCCUGCUCUUGCAGAGGACCCCAGUUCCAUUCCCAGCACCCACAUGGUAGGUCACGACCAUCUAUAACUCCAGUUCUAGGGGAUCGGACACCCAUUUUGACCGUCUAAGGGCACAGGCACACGCCUGGUACACAGACGUACAUGUAGGCCAAACAUCCAUACAUAUAAGAUAUAAAUGAUUUUAAAAAAGAAUU